UCACAUCCUCUUCCACUAACGGGAACCUAUUUCGUCCAUCAAAUUAAUUAUAAUUCUCCUCUGCCUUUUUAAAAGAAAGAUUGCCAAAAGGAAAAAAAAUGGUCAGAAUUUUCUGUCUUCUGUGGUUCCUUGCUCUGAUUUUAUGUUGCUGUGGGUCCCAAACAGACCGACUAGAAAUCAGUAUGAUCAGCAAUCCUCUUGAAACUUUUGGAACCAAAGUGGAGUUCAAAUGUGACACUGACCACGUGGAUGCUGGCGUUUUCUGGGUUAUUCAGAAAUGGAAUGGCGUACUCCACUUCAUUACACAUGUUACAUCAAGAUCUAAAGAGGUAACAGGUACUCUUGAAGGCUACAAGGCUACAAAAGCUGGCAGCUACUACCAGUUAACUAUUGCCAACUUUCAGGAGAACCACGAGGGUACCUAUUUUUGUGUGCGCCAUCGCAAUCAGAAGCUGCUUUUUAGUACAGGCAUCCCAGUAUUCUUGCCAGUGACAACUACUCCUGUGCCUUCUACCACCACACAGAAAAUUUCAAUCACCACCAAAGGACUGAUAAAAGAAGAAGCUAUGAAAUGUCCCAAUUCUACAGUCAAAGUAACAACAAAUACAAAAAAUACAAUGUUCUCCUGUGAACUUUAUAUAUGGGUUCCCUUAGCUGGUGUUUCUCUCCUUCUGCUGAUAACCCUGAUAAUCAUCAUAUCACUCUGCUGUGGUUCAAGGCGAAGCAGAAGAAAAUGCAAAUGUAUACGGCCAACAAAUGGAACCAAUGGAACUCACAUGAAACCAUUCCAGAAUAAUAAGUAGGACAUGCUGUGUCAUAUAAAUCCAGAGACUCUGAUGUUCUUGUAAUAGUUCUCUGUUCAUAUAUUAAGAAUGAUUGUCUUAGAUCAUAUCUUUGAAAUCAUAUGCUACGUUGUUAUAUUUUAUCAUUUACUCAGAAAUCAGUUUCUCUGUAAGUUAGCAAGUUAUGAAUUUACUCCUGCAGUUGAACAUAUUGUCAUGAAAAUAAAGUCAAAAUAUUGUAGUUUAGCCAUAAAUACUUCAAAAAUAUGUAAUAAUCUUGUGAUACUUAUGGAUAUAAUAAUGAUGGAAAAACUAAAAAUUCAAGGAAUGUUCAAUAACAUUUGUUCUCUGGGUAACCAGAUGUAAGGAAAGGGAAGCAUUAUCUUGUCUUUCCUCAUACACAUACACAUAUGUGUAUCAUUUUUGUUGCAGUUGCCUUCUCUUUUUCCACCUUGGAGUAUUAAUGUUCAAUAACAUGGGAGGAUGAAUGAAGGGAUGCAAACAUGUAUACACCAAGAAAAAGUUAUGGUACACCCCCAAAUCUCUGAAUUAGCCUAUAGAAGGAGUGAAGGGAGAUGAUGUUUUACCACUAAUCAAUGCAAGAAUAUAAUUUAUCCUAUUUUAAGAAGGAUUAGAGUAUACAGAAGAUCUUCUCUAAAUGCAAUUUCAUAGCACUUCAAGGUAGAACUGGGGAAUACCUUAUCUGAAACUUCAAAGUCAGAUAGAAUAGUGAUUUGACUCAGUAAAGAGCAGCUUUUAAAAAUCUGAUGUUAUCACAAUCAUUCUAUGUAUAGUGGCAGGAAAGAGAAACAGUUUUGGCUACACUUGAAAACCAACCUACCAUUUUGUCACAAUUCCAUAGAUCUGUAAUACUUUCAAAAUGAUAUUGUCUGUAUACUGCAGAGAACAGUUUAUGGUAACUAUUGUUUUUCUUUGUUCAACUUAAAAUAUUCAAUACGCUAAGUCAAGAUAAUGUUAAGCACUCAGUACUCCCAUUUCAUCUCCCAUGCCCAUAGCAAAAACUGAUGCAGACCUUAUUAAAUAACCCAAAUGAAAUCCAUCUAGGUUCUAGGACAUAGCAAAUGGUAUCCUUCUGUGGAUAGAGCUCACAGAAAGAAAGAGAAAGAAGAUAGAAUGCAUCUCAAUUGCCCACUUUACAAGGUGACUCAUCACAAUGCUAGGAAAGAAUUUCAUCAGGCUACCAACAAGAUGGUUUGCUUAUUAAAAAUGAAAGAUUACUUACAUUUCAUUCUCCAUAUAUAUCACAGUUGAAAAUGAAAAAGAUCUAUUAGUAACUUCUCAUGUAUAACAGACUAAAUGCACAUGCAUUACAUUUAAAUUUAGGCUUGGCAUGUUUCUUCUUUGGCUCAUGCAUGCUUUUAUAGAGAUGCCCAGAACAUCACUGUAACAUCUUAAAUUGUUCUA